GAAAAACGGGGGUUUGCUUCAUUUGUUCGAGACGGUUUAGAGAACUUUGAAAUAUACGCGCAGAGCGUUCACCUUCAAAGCCUUUUUGCUGUUGGUGGGGUGCGAGGCUUUGGGAGGCGCGGAGUUCCUAAUUGUUGCAAGAGCUUUUUGAGUUUUUCUUCACGCGCGUUUGCGUUGACAGAGUUCCCUCUGGUGCACUCUGCAGGUCUUGUUGCUUCUCAUUCUCAGUGUCGUUCAAGAUGAUGCCUCAAUCGCCUGGCACUAUGGAGGGAGGCAACGUUUUUCGGAUGCCUUCUUCGUCGGGGUUUUUGCAGGACGUGAACCGUGAGGAAAGUUCACCAGGCGAGGAAGGUACCGGAAGUGAGGAACGUAGGGCCCCAAGCACAGGCCAGGACGGAGGUGGGGAUGGUAGUGAGACUGGAUCUGGCGGUGGGUCAAACCGGAAACCGCCUACACCAUCCGUAUCCUCUACCAUCAAGCGGACGAGUCACCACUGGUACACUGGCGUUGCAGAAGAAGCCUCGCGGUACGCACGAUUAAACCCGGAUGCACCCGAGUUUGCGCCCGUGUUUGAGGCUGGCCCGCGGUCGGCUCCGCCCGCCCCUGAGAGAGGGCAUUUUGGCGGGACACAUAGAUAUGGAGAGGAUCUUUGGGACUUUCGAGAAUCGCCCACGAGUGAGAUUCCCUCGACCGUGAGCAGCGGGCAGGCACUUGUAGAUCCGUCAUCCUACACUAUCCCACUUAAAUCUGGGAGCAACUUUGAUGAUGGGAGGGACAAAAGAUUGAGGAGGACGGCGUCAGAAAGCCAUCUCAUGAGUGGAGUGGAGAAUGGGUCCUCCUAUGCGUCAGUCUCUCCUGUUAUUGCACAAUCUGGAAUGGGCACUCGGGCGGGGGUGUCAACCUCGGUAAUAGGAUCAACCAACCGUGCCCAACAGUACAUCACUCCAAACCCAUCACCAAGUCGUCGUGGCUCUCUAACAAGCAGUCAUAACGUUACGUCAAGUGUUCCCCCAGGAGCACAAGGUCCUACUUCGGAAAGUACCAAUCGCGAUAGUCUCGUGAUGCGCACCAAAGCCCUUUUAGAGCAUCAGAUGCGCACCAAUCUCGCUUUCGCUGAAGCUGUUGCAGCUGAAUAUGGCCGCGAACUAUCCGCGCGUAUUGAAACACAACGCCGAGCCUUCAUGCUAGAACAGAACCGCCGUGUUCAAAUGAUGGAAUUGACCAUUCGUCGCCGGGUGGCUGAGGCGGAGGACGCGUUACGACGUCAAUAUGAAGACCGCCAAGCGCUCGCAUCGCGCAUAAUUGAUGUCAGACACAGUCUAGGGAAUGGCGCAAACCUUGACCCCCGAUCUAUCGGAAUGGAUCCGCAAGAACUGGAAAGCAUAUCGCCAGCAGUUCAACGGCGCAUAGCGGAGUUGGUGCGCGAAAUGACUAUAGCGCGAACGGAAGUAGAGAUACAUAAGCAGGCCAUGCAGCGACUGCAACAGGAGUUAAUCAGAACGCGUGAGGAUACGCGGGCCGCUGCGCACGAAUCAGGAAAUGCCGCUGAGGUGGGUGCCCUUCGGCAGGCGCUGAGAGACGAGAGGGAACAGAGGCUGCUGUUGGAGGAGAAGGCGAGCGCUUUAGAGUCGAGUUUGCAGGAUCAACGAGCGCGUGAUUGGGAAGAAGAGGUUACAAAAUUUAUGUCUAUGCAGGUCGCGAGAGACGGGGCAGCUCUAAGCAAAAAGAGGCCCGAUGAAUUGCUAGCCUUAAUUCUCGAAGUGGAAGCUGAACGCGAACGUCUUUCAAAAGACAAUAUUCUUCUUACGAGGAGAAUAGAGGCUCUUGAGAACGAAGGCGAAGCUGGAUCGCUGGAUAGCGAAUCACGUCCUCCAGACUACAGUUCCGAAAAGUUGGAAUCGGAGAAGGAGAUGAGAGUGUGGUUUGAGCCCCUGCAGCGCGAAAUCCUAUCUCUGGAAAAAAGCUUAAUGUGGACCGCUCCAACAACGCCCCGUAUUUCGGAAAUCCGAACUAGAAUGUUGACGGUGCUCCAAACCCUGGAGUCUCAAUCAGAAAAAUUGCGUAACCUUUUGCGCGAUGACCGUGUUCCUGAGGGAAAGCGUAAAGAUUUCUCGUGGGAUUCAGGCGUCUUUGUCGAGAGCGGUUUGGGUGGCGGCAUGUUUUCACCAACAGAAUCUUUUGAUCCUUUUGCUACCAUGGUGCAGAAAAAAGACGGGAGAAUGGUUACGGUGAGCGCUGGGCCUUCAUCUGCAAUGACCAAAUCGGAGACCGCCUCGCACUCUACCCUUGGUACGACAAGUUCCAGUGGAGGCACAUCUUCUCGAUCACCCAAAGACUAUUCCUACGACAUUGUCGGCCAAAUGUACGCUUCCGCCGGGUUUGACCUUCAACCACACGACCCCUCCAGUACGUCUGCCGCAACCCCUUCAACAGCGACGCAACAACAGCCACAACAACUUCCAUCCACCGGCAUGCGCCCUUCCCAGCAGCCAUUUCACUUUGGUCCGUUCCCCAUCGGGUCUGUGAACGAAAACAAAACUUGAACAAUACUGUCUGGGACGUUCUGGGACGCAGACCUUGUCUGAUCCGGACAAGGCAAAGAUUCUACGAUUUGCCAGUGUGUCUCCUUUUCUUUCUUUCUCUUAUUUGUAGCAAUAAGCUUGGAUACCCAUGUAUAGCAUUUUUGUCUUUUUCUUUUUCUGAUAGGUCACUGCAAAUUCCAAAUUUCUGUAGAUGAGUAUUGGAUGUUCUGUUUUGUCUUAGUGUUUCAAUAGACGGUUUCUUGGCAGUUGUCUUUGA